AUGACAGUACCAGUUAUUUACUUUAUCCUAGUCUUCCAGUUUCCACCUACUAUACCAUGGUGCAAGGUGCCUCAUAUUGACAAAAUUAAACACCAGUUCUGUAUUGACAAUGUCACAAGUAACUGUGAGGAGUUUGUGAAAAAUCUCACCAUACCAAAACAUCGAAAAAAUGUUGGAUGUGGCUCUGUGUUGACAUAUGACCAAUGUCAUCGUUAUGAUAUCUCGUAUGAAACCAUGUCCUACGUCACAAGGGGAAGUAUUCAAAGCUACUUCAACAACACUAAAACAGUAGAAUGCGACAUUGGAUGGGAAUAUGAUGAAUCGUAUUCAACAGUAACAUCAGAAUUUGACUUAGUUUGUGGUCGAAGUUACCUGAAUACACUAGUAUUAACUGUUAAUAUGACGGGAAUGCUUGUGGUUUCAGAACAUGUAGGACCAACAAAGCGCGCUAUGGUUGGGUUAAUAUAUCCCAUAUUCUUCAGUAUUGGUUACAUGCUACUAGCUGUAUAUGCAUAUUUUAUACGAGAAUGGUGGAAACUACAGUUAGCAACUAUUGCUCCAUCUCUAGUUUUUUUGAGUUACUGGUGGAUCAUUCCAGAAUCACCAAGGUGGUUAAUAUCUAAAGGACGUAUAGAAGAAGCGAAGAAGAUCAUACAAUUGAGUGCUAGAGUAAAUAACAUCACAAUUCCAAAGAAUGCGCUUGAUGGACUCAGAGAACAGAAAAAAUAUGAAACCAAUGACCAAACGAAGCAUAGAGCCAUUGAUCUUCUGAAAUUCCCAAAUAUGAGAAAGAAGACUUUAAUAUUGUUUUACUUUUGGUGCAUUUGUGGGCUUGUGUAUUUUGGUAUAUCUUUUGGUACAUCAAAUCUUGGAGGCAAUCCAUAUUUGAAUGUAUUCAUUGCUGCUGCAGUGGAAAUACCAGCAUAUGGCGUUUCAUUUGUGAUGAUGGAAAAUGGUAGAAUUGGAAGACGGUGGUCUGCGUUUUGUAGUAUGGGGUUUUGUGGUGUUUCAAACAUCGCUUUAAGCUUCGUUCCUGCGUGCGGACACAUGGUUUGGAUACGAACAACAUUAACAAUGCUUGGAAAAUUUUGUAUAACAACUAGUUUUGCAAUAAUAAUAAUAUUUUCUGCAGAAAUAUUCCCUACAGCAUUAAGAACAACAGGUGUAGGGAUGUGCAGUGUAUUUACACGUGUCGGUGGCAUUAUCGCACCUCAAUUAAUGGUACUUGGUGAUGUUUGGAAACCACUUCCUGCAGUUGCUUGUGGUAUCACGUCUAUUGUUGCCAGUGUCCUGGUAUUAUUUUUACCGGAAACAAAAGGCGAGAACUUACCUGAAACAUUUGAGCAAGCAGAACAGUUUGGCAAAAAAGCCAAAGCAGCGCAUGACGUUUCACCACAUGAGAGAUACAGAGAAUUAACAAAAAAUGAAGAAAUGGAACUGGAAACAGUUUUGAUAAACGAUCCAACUAGUCCUCUCAAAGAAAGCUUAAGCAAGCUCUAA